GGAAGGCGAUGAUAUGCAAAAUUUGCAGUCUGAAGAAGAAAGCCAGAACAAAAGCAGUCAGAACACCAGGCACUGCAGGCUUCACAGAACAUAUAGUUCGUUAUUCAAAAAUAAAAAAUAAAACACUGCUAACAUAUAUUAUUCAAAUGUUUUUGAAUGUAACAACCAUUUUAUGUGUCCAGGUAGCAAUUUACUACAGCAAUAGCUAAAUAUGACUGGAACUUCAACCAUAUUAUGUCGUUAUGUAACCGACGUCCACUCGGGCGACCCCGCAUCCCGAAACAGGCGCACCCCGAGUUCCAGGCGGGACUUCCUCUCUCCUGCGGAUGCGACAUCAGGGCUGAGGCAGGCAGAAAGGGCUUGGUCGGGGUGUCACCGGGUCCUGAUCCGUGCGUCUCUCUCCGGACGGCAGAUAUCCCAGCCGAACUGGACGCCGCUGUCGCCGCAGCCGGAAGCCCCCCGUAGAGGAGCCUCCUCCUCGGCUAUGCUGCCCUGAGAGCGCCGCGACCACCCGCCCCGCCAAAAUGUCUGAUGUCAACAAGACUGUUCAGAAAUGGCACGCCAGUUUUAAGAAAGGCACAGACUUUGACUCGUGGGGGCAAUUAGUGGAGGCGAUAGAUGAGUACCAAAUUCUCGCCAGACAACUGCAAAAGGAGGUCCAGUCUACAAAUUCUUCAGACUUCACAGAGGAGCAGAAGAAAAACUUAGGAAAGAUUGCAACAUGCCUGGAGAUGAGAAGCGCCAGUUUGCAGUGCACCCAGUCAAAGGAGGAGUUCAAGUUAGAAGACCUGAAGAAACUGGAGCUCAUAAUCAAGAACAUACUCACCUAUAACAAAGAGUUUCCCUUCGAUGUCCAGCCAGUGCCAUUAAGGAAAAUCUUGGCUCCGGGUGAGGAGGAGAACCUGGAGCUGGAGGCAGAGGACGAUGCUGCUGCAGGAGCAGGAUCGACAGAAACAUUCCCACCGCGAGCUCCCGGUACUCUGUGGCCACGGUUACCGUCAGAACCCGGGAUGACGCUACUCACACUAAGAAUAGAGAAAAUUGGGUUGAAGGACGCCGGCCAGUGCAUCGACCCGUACAUGAGCAUCAGCGUCAAAGAUGUGAACGGAGUUGAUCUGAACCCGAUGCAGGACACGCCUGUGGCCACCAGGAAGGAAGACACGUACAUUCACUUCAGCGUGGACGUAGAAAUUCAGAGGCAUGUAGAGAAAUUACCAAAAGGAGCAGCUAUCUUCUUUGAAUUCAAGCACUACAAGCCCAAAAAGAGGUUCACCAGCACAAAAUGCUUCGCCUUCAUGGAAAUGGACGAGAUCAAACCCGGACCGAUUGUCAUUGAACUGUACAAGAAGCCAACGGACUUUAAGAGGAAGAAACUGCAGCUGCUCACAAAGAAGCCACUUUAUCUCCACCUCAAUCAGACGCUACACAAGGACAGCUAAACCCCGUCUCGCCGAUUAAUCUCACUGCAUAUCCAGGGAAACGUGGUGUUCCUCCUCAUCGCCACAUUCAGCAAUACCAAAUGAAGGCUGAGGUGUGAAGAAAGUAAAAAGGAUCCGAUCUCCUCGCUCGGAUUUUAUGAAUUUAAGUGCUUUUUUUUUUCUUCUGUUACAGGGAGUCCCGUUAAUAUACUUUAAACCAGCAGAAACAUUUUAAAGCGGUUUAAGAUGCCUCCUCAUGUUCAGUCUUCCACAUGUAGCUCUCUGGUUUUUCUUUACAUAUGGAGUCACUGCAGGUACUUCUGGUUUGUUUUGUUAUGUCACAAAACUCUGGACUUAAAAACGAAAAAAAAAACAACAACAAAAAAACAGCAAAUCAUUAACUUCUUAAUCCAACCACUGUUUUGGGAAAACUUUAAUCCGCUUCCUGGAAUAUUUACAGUAGUUUGUUCGAUUUAGCGUUUGUUCUUUGACUACUGCUGCUGCUGAAUAUGUCUGGAAAAGGGGUUUAAACUGAGGCAUUUAAUCGGGAUUGAUGCCACUGAAAACACACUACUGGGUUUACAAGAAGUCGGCAACAAGAUUGUGAAACUGUCAAGAGUUUUAGCAGAUUUGGCACAAUUCCCUUAAAUAAUUAGAACAUAAAAGCUGCUAAAAGUGUGCAAAACUGUACGUAUCUGUCAGGAUUUGCUGUAGCAUACUAGAAUUGUAUUAAACUCCACUAUAUGUUGGUGUUUUUAACUUCAAACGGAGAUAAACACCUAAGAUUAUAAAACUUUUCAUUAUAUUAACAGUAUGAUCUGAAAAAGUAUUUCUCCCCUUUCAGAUUUUCUCAAGCAAAGAUGAAUAAAAAAAAAAAUUGAAAAAGAGGCUUUUAUUUUAUGAAGUGAACAACACAUUUCCAAAUUAACUAACCAGGGGUUAGAGAUAUUUGGUGAUAAGCAAAUUAGCCCCACAUCAUCACUAUGGCCCAAAGAGUUUGAAAGUAUUAACCGUUAUUGGACAGAUGUAAAGGACUUUGUUUCACAUCUGUUCUGGAGUUUAUUUAGAUCAGGAUGUUAUUUGUCAUUUGAAAACUUUUAGCCUACUUCAUGUUGUUUGACUGGCUCUGUUAAGAUUUUUUUUGUUUUGUCUGUAUAGGUGUCAGGUUUGGGUGCGGUCAGUAUAAUCUUAUCAAAAAUAAUUGGUUACAGUCACAACUGGAGGGAUUUUCUGGUUUGUAAAGUUUUCUCAUUUUAAUAAAUGGAAAAAAAUUAAGUAUCUACUCAGCGGGCAAAUACUUUCUCACAUUUUUUUACCGUUAGUAAUUUGGAAACAGGAUCCACUAAUUGCGCUCCAGUUCUUCCCAUUUAUGUUUUAAGUUUUAAGAUGUUUAAAACAUUGAAAUCUGCCUCACAGAAAUACCAAACUUUGUCUCUGAAUCCUAAGAACUUUUAAAAAAUAAACAAAAAAUAAAGUUACUUCUUGUUUUGGACAACAAACCCAAACUAUUUGUUCAGAUUGUUCUGGUUUAAUAUAUUUUAAACAUACAAUGCAAUUAUUUUUUUUAGUUAAUUUGCAAAGGGAAACGUGAAAAGAGGUAUUUAAAUGAGAAUUUUUAAAAAUUCAGUAUUAAACCUUCCGGAUGGAUUCAAUUCAGUUCUACGUCAAAUGCUUAAAAAAAUUGUAAAGCAGAAAAAGUAUUGAGAUGUUUUUUAAAUCCAGUGGUUUUUUUUGUGCAGUUUUAAACAUGAAGGUUAAUUGAAGCUGUGAUAAGAUGCAUCUCUUCACGUGGAUGAAGAACAGAAUUGUUCAAAUGUAAUCCAUUACUUUGUAAUGCUAUUUAACUUCACUUUCUGUCACAUGUACGUGGUUAAAAUCUGCUUGUAGACUUUAUUUUUGUAACAUCACUAAAAUGAGGACAAAAACUGUAAGAGAGACUAACUGAUGGAUUAACUGUAAAUGUGCAUCGGGAACUGUUUGCAAUUUUUUUGUUCAAACAUUUACAAUUAUUUUUGAUUUAUAAUAAACUAUAACCGAGGCA